AUGUUUUCCACCCAUCUAGCAAAGAAACUCCUUUCACGGAGAAGCGUGCAACAGGUUAGACACCUCUCCAUCCAUGAAUACAGAUCUGCUGCGCUUCUCAAGUCGUACGGCGUUGGAGUCCCUCGUGGCGAGGCUGCCAGAAGUCCAGAAGAGGCGUACAAGGCAGCCAAGGACCUGAACACUAACGAAAUGGUACUCAAGGCCCAGGCAUUGACUGGUGGUAGAGGUAAGGGCCAUUUCGACAAUGGUCUCCAGUCCGGUGUUCGUUUAGUUGAGACUCCUGAAGAAGUCAAGGAACUCUCUGCGAAGAUGCUUGGCCAUAAGUUGAUCACCAAACAAACCGGUGAAGCAGGUAAGAUUGUCACUGCAGUCUAUGUCGUUGAAAGAAAGUAUGCAUUAACCGAGGCUUAUUUGUCGAUCGUUAUGGAUAGAAAGAACCAAUCUACAAUGAUUAUUGCAUCUGCUCAAGGUGGUAUGGAUAUCGAAGGAGUAGCAAAGAAGGAUCCUAAUGCCAUCAAGAAGUACUCAGUCGAUUUAGAAGCUGGUGUAUCGGAUGACUUGGCCUUUGAAAUUGCUUCUCAAUUGGGUUUCACAAAGGAUGCAAUUCCUCAAGGUGCUAAAACUAUUCAAACAUUAUACCAAAUUUUCAAGGAUAAAGAUGCAACUCAAAUUGAAAUUAACCCAUUAACUGAAACUAAACAACAUGAAGUUAUGUGCAUGGAUGCAAAAUUCAAUUUCGAUGAUAAUGCAGCCUUUAGACAACAGGAAGUUUUCUCUUGGAGAGAUGUCACUCAAGAAGAUCCUGAUGAAGUUGUUGCCUCUAAAUAUGGCUUGAACUUUAUUAAAUUGAAUGGUAAUGUUGGUUGCUUGGUUAAUGGUGCAGGUUUGGCUAUGGCAACUAUGGAUGUCGUCAAAUUAUACGGUGGUGAACCAGCCAACUUUUUGGACGUUGGUGGUGCUGCAACUCCAGAAACCAUUGAAAAGGCCUUUGAAUUGAUCAUCACUGAGAAAAAUGUCUCUGCCAUUUUUGUCAAUAUCUUUGGUGGUAUUGUUAGAUGUGACUAUGUUGCAGAUGGUUUGAUCCAAGCUACUAAGAACUUGGGCUUGAAAAUCCCUGUUGUUGUUAGAUUACAAGGUACAAACUUUGAAAUCGCUAAGGACAUGAUCAACAAAUCCGGUUUGAAGUUGUACGUUGAAGAAGAUCUUGAUGAAGCUGCAAAGAAGGCCGUCGAAUUGGGCGGUAAAUAA